CUCUCACUGAAUUUAUACCCGUUUGUCUUACAUUGAAUUAUCUCUCCAAUUUCGCUUUUACCCUUCUCAAAAUAAUAGGCUCUCUCUCUUGUACAAAGACGAGCGAAACGAGCGGCACGGCAGCAACUUUGUCACCGGCCACCACACUUUGGCUGGCUUCCUCUGCGUCUGUUCGCCACCGCCGCACUACUUAGCCAGGAGAGCCCACCCGCCAAAGCUUAUCAAAUGGGCAGACCUCCGAGAAACAAUAUUGCAAAAGCAGGUGUUAAACUACCUUCAAAUCCAUCUUCUGUAACACCUGAGUUUGAGGAUGUGCCAGUUGAGCCGCUCUCUGGGAGAGCUUUCUUUGAUUUCAUCCUCUCAAAAAAGAGACCCAUGACUCAAAUGGUGUUUCCACCUAAAAUGAACUCUGAGCUUCCUAAUGGAAGGGUCCCGGUAGUGAUCACAUAUGGAAAGAAUACUUGGAGGACUAUUCUGUGUGUAAGCAGGAACAAAAAAAGUUUGGACUCUACAACAUGGAAAGACUUUUUGAAAGAUAAUAAAGUCAAAUAUGGAGAUGGGUUAAUUCUUCAGGUCAUGGAGAUCAAGAAAGAUUUGAUCAAGCUUAAAGCUCAAAUACUCAGAGGUGACUUCCCUGCUGAACUUGACGCGCAGAUUUCCGGUGGUGCGCUAGAAAAUGCAAUCACCAUCGAGUAGCAUCUUUAGUUCUCUAGUAAUUCUAGGUUUUAUCAACAGUCAAAAUCUCUUCAAUUGUUUCUAAUCUUUUGAACAAUAUGUGUCAUUGCCUGUUUGUUCAUUCUACGUCAGUAUGAAUGCUGCUGCAGCAACCAAGGCCACAGGCCAUGUAUUAAUCCCUCCCUCCCUCUCUUAUGUACUCCCUUCUUCCCUUAAAACUUUGCCAAGUUUGACCGGCACGGGGAUUAAUAAAGUAAAAAUCGUGUGGUUGAGGUUUGU